AUGGAGUUCCAGCAGUGCUUAUCGCUGCUGGCCGCGCGACCUCCACACUCGCAUGAGGACUGUGAAAAUAGGGCCAAUAGUACGCCAUUGGAUGUGAAAGAAGCUACGUCAAAAACAAGCUUCGCUUCGGAACCAGCUGAGGAUCUAUUGCGUUUAAGUCCCCGACAGCUCAUACAAGCGGUUUUUCAAUUGCAGGAGAUGCGCGUCCUGAUUUACACGGACUUCCGAGAGGGGUUUCAAGCUCACCAGAAAACUCAGCAGUUUCCAACGUUCUGCUCUGAAAUCACGAUUCGCUUUUCGAAUGUAAGUGAGCAAAUUAAGUGCAUCGAGAAGCUCCUGCGGGACAAAAUGCAGCAAGUGUCAAUUGCGAAACUGCUCCGCAACUUGCAAUCGGAAGAGAAGAACAAGCUACUUCUGACGUCCGCCGUAAUGGUUGAGAAGAUGCGGCUCAGCGAUGCAGCUAACAUACCUGAACCCGAUGACUCCAGCGUUGCAUUCUUACAACGGUCCGUAGAAACCCUAACAAGCAAACACACUGAAUGUGUGGUUCGCAUAAAUGAGAUUCUGGAGGAUCUGCGAGCUGAAAAUGCGGACCUGGAAGACGUCUGCUAA